AUGGCGGAUGCUCCACGAGAACUCACUCCACCCCUCAUCAUGGGCCAGACAGCCAAAGAGAAAAAGUAUGACCGACAGCUUCGUCUCUGGGCUGCUUCAGGCCAGCGGGCUCUCGAGGAAUCACACGUUCUUCUUAUCAUCGGUGAGACUCCGGUUGGUUCCAACAGCAGUGUUGCGGGUAUCGAGACCUUGAAGAAUUUAAUUCUACCAAGUGUGGGACAAUUUACUAUCGCAGAUUCAACCAUGGUGGGCGAGGCCGACCUAGGUAUCAAUUUCUUUCUCGAAACAGACAGCUUGAACAAGCCCAGAGCAGAAGAAGCCACUCGUCUGCUCUUAGAGCUGAAUCCAGAUGUGUCUGGCCACUCUAUCACGUCACCACUGUCUGAGUGGUUACCUGUGGAAGGCUCAUUGAGACCAUACAGUCUCAUCCUUCUUUCAGCACCAAUUCUGCCAGAAUUUGUCCAGAGAAUUGCAUCAUACGCUCACACCAGUUCAAUACCACUGAUAUAUAUUCAGUCGGCUGGGUUCUCCGCCUCAUUCUCCAUUCAGCUCCCAUCUGAAUUUCCAAUUGUCGACAACCACCCCGAUCCUGAAACCACCCAAGAUCUCCGCCUUCUCGCGCCAUGGCCCGAAUUAGAUGCAGCUGUGGAUGCACUUGGUGACAUCACAAAUCUGUCUGACCACGACCACGGUCAUGUUCCAUAUAUUCUUCUGCUCCUGCACUACCUUCGAGAAUGGAAGACCAGUCAUGACGAUAAGUACCCUUCGAAUUUCAAAGAAAAGACCGAGUUCCGCGACUUUGUCCGGUCUGGCACGCGCACCAGCAAUCCGGAAGGUGGCGAGGAGAACUACGAUGAAGCCACAGCUGCUGUCCUCAAGAGCAUCGCGGCUCCACCUGUGGGAAGUGGCUGCAAGAACCUAUUUUCCAUGGCUCAAACCACCGAGAUCGGACCUGGCUCAUCAAAUUUCUGGGUCAUAGCACACGCCAUUAAAGUCUUUUACGAUACCCAUGGUGUGCUGCCUUUACCAGGUUCCUUGCCUGACAUGAAAGCCACGAGCGAGGAGUACAUCAAGCUGCAAAACAUCUACAAAACCAAAGCUAGAAACGACGUCGCCGAAGUGAAGCAGACCGUGCUCCAGCUACUCGAACGAAAACUCAACCAGACUGAUCUCUCUACCAUCCCAGACGCCGAGAUUGAAGCAUUCUGCAAGAACGCCUCUCAUGUGCGCGUACUCACCAACCCAGAAGCCACCCUGAUACCUUCGCUUCGGCUCAUGAAUUCGGAUUCCAAACUCCUCGCAACACUACCCUCCAUUAUCGAGAAUGACUGGGAGGGUCUCUUCCCGAUAUUCCUCGCCCUGAACGCCCCCAGUUCCACCUCGUCAACACCCGUCGAUUUCAUGACAUUCUCCUCCGACACGGAGACACAGGAGAACAUUGCCAAGGCAAUCGCCGAAGUCGAGCGCGUCGCGGGAGGUGAGUUGCAUAAUGUCUCGAGCGUGCUUGGCGGCAUGGUCGCACAGGAGGCUAUCAAAUUGAUCACCCGCCAGUAUGUCCCAGUUUCUGGGACGUGUGUCUUUGAUGGGGUGAGGAGCAAGGUGGGUGUAUUUCAGGUCUGA